AUACAAAGGAAUUGCUAGAGCAAGCAAAAGAGAAAACGGUGCAGAGAGUUAAAGAUGUGCAGAUAAGCAACUGGUGCACCCUGCAGCUAAAGUAACGGACAGGCAACCGGGGAAAAGCUUUUGCCAAGGAGGAGAGCACAAGUCUAGGCAGAAUGAAGACUCACGUUGUCUGUGGCUUCGUUUUUAAAGUACUAUUAAUCCAAGUCUAUCUUUUGAACACAACUUUAACUGCACCAUCACCAAUUAUUAAGUUUCCUGGAGACAGCACUCCCAAAACAGACAAAGAACUAGCAGUGCAAUACCUGAACAAAUAUUAUGGGUGCCCCAAAGACAGUUGCAAUUUAUUUGUCCUGAAAGACACUUUGAAGAAAAUGCAGAAAUUUUUUGGGCUGCCUGAAACAGGAGAUUUGGAUCAAAAUACUAUUGAGACAAUGAAGAAACCCCGCUGUGGUAACCCAGAUGUAGCCAAUUACAACUUCUUUCCAAGAAAACCAAAAUGGGAAAAGAAUCAUAUAACAUACAGGAUUAUAGGCUAUACACCAGAUUUGGAUCCUGAGACAGUAGAUGAUGCCUUUGCUCGAGCCUUUCAAGUCUGGAGUGAUGUCACACCACUGAGAUUUAACCGAAUAAAUGAUGGAGAAGCAGACAUCAUGAUAAAUUUUGGCCGAUGGGAACACGGUGAUGGCUAUCCAUUUGAUGGCAAAGAUGGUCUUCUGGCUCACGCCUUUGCACCAGGGCCAGGAAUUGGAGGAGACUCCCAUUUUGAUGAUGAUGAGCUGUGGACUCUUGGAGAAGGACAAGUGGUUAGAGUGAAGUAUGGAAAUGCAGAUGGUGAAUACUGCAAAUUUCCCUUCUGGUUUAAUGGCAAGGAAUACAAUAGCUGUACAGACGCAGGACGCAACGAUGGAUUCCUCUGGUGUUCCACCACCAAAGAUUUUGAUGCAGAUGGCAAAUAUGGCUUUUGUCCCCACGAGUCACUUUUUACAAUGGGCGGCAAUGGUGACGGGCAGCCAUGCAAAUUUCCCUUUAAAUUCCAGGGCCAAUCCUAUGACCAGUGCACAACAGAAGGCAGGACAGAUGGGUACCGAUGGUGUGGAACCACCGAAGACUACGAUAGAGAUAAGAAAUAUGGAUUCUGUCCAGAAACUGCUAUGUCUACAGUUGGGGGAAAUUCUGAGGGAGCUCCUUGCGUGUUCCCCUUCAUCUUCCUCGGGAAUAAAUACGAGUCCUGUACGAGCGCAGGACGCAACGAUGGGAAACUGUGGUGUGCUUCUACCGGCAGCUAUGAUGAUGACCGCAAGUGGGGCUUUUGUCCAGACCAAGGAUACAGUCUCUUCUUGGUUGCUGCUCAUGAAUUUGGUCAUGCUAUGGGAUUAGAGCACUCUGAGGAUCCAGGAGCUCUGAUGGCCCCUAUCUACACCUACACCAAGAACUUUCGACUCUCUCAGGAUGACAUUAAAGGGAUCCAGGAGCUAUACGAAGUAUCAACUGAUGUUGAACCUGGACCAGGGCCAGGCCCAGGGCCAGGCCCACGUCCAACCCUUGGACCUGUCACUCCAGAGCUCUGCAAGCAUGACAUUGUAUUUGAUGGAGUUGCACAAAUUAGAGGAGAAAUAUUUUUCUUCAAAGAUAGAUUCAUGUGGAGGACUGUUAACCCCCGAGGAAAACCCACAGGUCCUCUUCUUGUUGCUACCUUCUGGCCUGAUCUGCCAGAGAAAAUUGAUGCUGUCUAUGAGGCCCCUCAGGAUGAGAAGGCUGUCUUUUUCUCAGGAAAUGAGUACUGGGUUUAUUCAGCCAGUAACUUGGAUAGGGGCUAUCCAAAGAAACUCACCAACCUGGGACUACCCCCUGAUGUGCAGCGUGUUGAUGCGGCUUUCAACUGGGGCAGAAACAAGAGGACAUACAUAUUUGCUGGAGACAGAUACUGGAAGUACAAUGAAGAGAAGAAGAAAAUGGAGCUGGCAUCCCCUAAAUUCAUUGCUGACUCUUGGAAUGGCGUUCCAGAUAACCUCGACGCUGUCCUGGGUCUUAGUGACAGUGGAUAUACCUAUUUUUUCAAAGAUCAGUACUAUUUACAAAUGGAAGACAAGAGUUUGAAGAUUGUUAAAAUUGGCAAGAUAACUUCUGACUGGUUGGGUUGCUGAAUUGUAUGAGAUAUUAAUAACCAAAUAUUUACUUUUUCGUUAUAUGCCUUAUCUGUAAUUAGAAAUAGAUCUGAAUGCUAAUUACUGGACCAGUCUGGUAGUGGCACCAAAACAUUAAGUACCAGUACUGUACACAUCAGAUAAUUUAAGAGUGUUUGCCUCCUCAAUAUACAGAAGAUGUUUACGUAUCUAUUCUGGUACAGUUUUUCAGUUUUCAUGCUAGUCAUAGUAAUGCUAGUAACAGAACAUCCACCACUCUUGAUUCUCUUGGUGCUUAAUCAAAGCAUUGAAAGCAUUGGAGACUGGAUACACCCCUGUGUUACACACUCACCCAAACAGGCUCAAACCAGAUGUACCAGCAGUGCACUUUGAUUUUUGUUUGUUGUUUUGUUGGGGUUUUUUAAAUACAACUCUGUUAUAAAUAGAAGGUUUGUCUUGAUGUUUUCCACCCUCUUGUGAGUUUGAUCAUUAUUUCCACUUAUUUACAUAGUAAACCAGAAAGACUGUCAAAGGCACGGGUUGCCUCAGGAUUUGAUUUGUGUCGAAGCAUGAUGGAAUCAUGGCAAGAAACUGUGUUAAAGUAUUGUUUUAAAGUACUUUUUAUUUUAAUACCUUAGUUAAAUUCAGUAAUUUGCUUCAUGCACUUUGUUACUACUAUAUAACUUGUUUAUAUGGAUGGAAUGACUCAGAUUUUUGAAGUCAGUGCGUUAUACAUAAAAGUCAAGUAUUAUUGUUUAACUUGUUUUAUUUUUCUGUUCUUUGUAAUAUUGAGGAUCUUUUUGUUAGGGUUUUUUUUGUGUGUGUGUUUUUUGCUUGGGCAACAGGAAAUGUUCUUUUCAGAAUCUGAUGGAACAUUUCUCAUUUAACAAAAAAUAAACCAGAAAAGAAUGUCCCACACAUGAAGUGCCAGUGCUACAAAUAAAAUCAAAUUACACUGUCAACACUUUUCAUGGCCAGGCUUCAUCGUAUCAUCUGAAAUUAGAAAUUCAGUAGCAUGUUACAGUGCAAUACCUGUCCAAGGAAAGACAGUAUCACCCCAGUAUACAACCACAUGCUGGAUUUAUUUAGAAACCCAGGUUUAUUUGCUCUGUUAGUUCAAAAGUGUAACUGCAGCCCUUCACAUUAAAGAGAUUAUAUGACUCCAGGCCUCCACAAAGCCUGCUGCCUCCUGAAAACAGUUUAUGCACCUGUCUAUUACCCAGGCUCUUCUCCUUACUAGCAAGCUACUUCACCAUAACCCUGACAGGAAGCGUAUAGACACAGCAGUGUAUGUUACCUCGAGGGAAUGAAUGCUUGAGGAAUGGAGAUGUAAAACCUGAGUUCUGCCCAUGAGAUAGAUCAGAUGCCAUUUGGCCACGAAUCUUAUCUAACUUCACACAUAGGAAAAGCUUUGUGAGACUAGAGACUGCAUUACACAAGUGGUCAACUCAGAUCUUUCUCAACACAUCUCUCACGCUGAGUUCACGAUUAACAGUACUAGUUAGUAAUUGGCCAGUUUCUUCUCACAUGCUCUACAACUUCAUGUUUACACUCAGUGCUUUCCUCCUCUAAGUGGAGUUUUUUUACUAUUUUGUUCUGAAAAGACACCACUUCUAAAACAGCUGCCUUUGCCAAAUCAUCCUCCCAUCACAUGCUGCCCAGAUUUGGGACAGUUUGUUAAUUACUACUGGAUAAACCAUCUAAGCCAAACUAAAAGAUGUCUUAUAUUCUUCUGAGCAUUGCUUUCCUCUCUAGAAAUCAUUAAUUGCCCUCCCAGUCAGCCCUAUACCAGAUUCAACAACAUAAAGCCGAAAACAAACCUUCUCAGGAUAGUAGGAUCUAUAGAUCCACUGCAGGGAUGCAUGAUCUGUCCUGACCAUAGACAUCCUCCUCUACUAGUGUUGAAACCAUUUGUAGCUUUAAUGACUGCCAGGAGUUCCUUAGAAUGAUGCAAUAAUAUCUCCCUAGAGAAUUUAAACAUCCUCAAUAACCAUCCCUUCACAAUUUUUAUGUUCUUGUGGUAAUGCUGCCCCAAACUGCAUGCUCUACCAGCUGUAUUUAAUAUGGAAGGGUUCUGAAAUAUAGAUAUACUAUAGGAACAUUUCCAAAGGGCCUUUUCAGCUCUGGACUUGCUAAAUCAGAUUUCCACUGAUGACUGAAACAGUUUCCUUCUCAUCUACAGCUUACGUGCAUGUUUUGCAACAUUGGCUAAUCUACUAGUUUACCUUCUGUAAUAAUAUCACAAUCCUACAAAAGCCUGCACAUCUGGUGGAUUUACAGAGUUCUGCUCAGCUUCUUGUUCUGUUCUUGUCUGUGAAAAUCCAUUCUUCAAUUACUAUAUCACUGGCAGAAAACCAGAAACAAACUUUCUAUCCUUAAACCAACUCAUACUUAUUUGGGUUCAGUUUCAGACUUGCAACCUUAAGCUUAUCACAGGACAUUCGUACACACAUCUGUUUCUGUUUGUGAACUGGAAUGUUUGCCUAGUAUACUGACCCUUCUUAUUAACCUUUCUCAUUUGACCUGUGAAAUGCCAAAAGUCACAAAACGUGUCCUGAAAAGGUCUUUUAGGCUGAGUCCCCUUGCUGGCAGCCAGUCUGAAAGCCUUACUUUUGGAACCCAUAAACAACUUGUUUCACCUAGAGUAUCACCUAUUUGUGAUAACAGAGAAAAAACUUUAGUUAUUUUGAUGUAUUUUCUGCAUCUAGGGAUGCUUUUCUUUCCCAUAUGGCCGUAAUUCAAGAAGUUGUACACUUACCAAAUACUCCUGUCCCUCUUCCUUCCUGUUAGUAAUGAGGUAACCAUCAGAUGGAAAAUUCUUGCCUGAGCAGGAUUGUAGCUCUGCCUGUACCUGGCCACAUCCUAUGCUGAUCUGGCCCACUGACUUGCUUCCCUGUUUAACUCUGGACUUUUCUGGUCAGCUUUGGACUCUUGGCUGAACCCAGUUGUCCUCCUCAGUCCUGCUCUUUUCACCUUUCUUUGGCACAGCCACUGAGGCCACUGCCUUUGCCUUUCUUGCCCUCAAUCUGUUCUCCUAAUGUAUUUUCAGAACAGAGUUAAGAUUUUUACCUCUGUUCUUUACAGAGGAGGAAACAAAAGCCAAAAGCAUAAGAAGCAUAAGUCUUUAUCUCAAAUCCUUUACUAACUUGUUCUGUAGUUUUAUUAAAUUGAAGUCAGGAUCAUUUAGGAGUUUCUGGUAUCUGGGUAGAGUUGCACACAUACUGUACAGGGCUUGCUGCAACACAGUCUUGCUCCUUGAGCUGAAGGCAAUUUUCUGUCAGUUCCGAGUAGGAGAGGCUGUUUGCACCCAGCAGUGCAGUUCUGAUCCAACAGAGGAAAGGGCAGUGCUUUAGUAACCACUCUGUCACAAUAUAGAAGAGGCAGCCAAGGCUAUAAUGAAAUGCCAUAGUUUAAACCCUUAAUAGACACAGCAGCCUGAACUGUGAAUCAUGCUUAACACUUUGUGCCUCGCUAACACUCUGUAUUCAUUAAAAACACAUUUUCCUCUU